AACCGUCCAGUGUUUUCCGUAGUCAUCGUUGACUAGCUGGUAACGGUGAGUAGCUGGCAUAGGCAACACAAAGAAAGACCUAAGUUUGUGUAUUUGCUUUUAUACUUUUGGCUCAAAAUGCCGUUGGAGAAUCUGGAGGAAGAGGGUCUGCCCAAGAACCCCGAUCUGAGGAUAGCACAGCUGAAGUUUCUGCUCACCAUGGACGGACACCGACAGGAUGCCAAAGUGAAGACGGAGCUCAUGGACGCAAUCAAAGCUAACAAUAUGGCACCUUAUUAUGAAGGUCUGUGUAAGGAGCUGAAGUGGCAGCUGGACAGUGACCUGCUGAGUAAGAUGAAGAAGGCCAACGAGGAGGAGUUGAAGCGCCUGGAUGAUGUGCUGGAAGAUGCGGAGAAGAACCUGGGAGAGAGCGAGAUCCGAGAUGCCAUGAUGGCCAAAGCUGAAUAUCUCAUCAGAAUUGGAGACAAGGAGGGGGCUCUAACAGCCUUCCGAAAGACCUAUGACAAGACAGUGGCUCUAGGUCACAGAUUAGACAUCGUCUUCUACCUGCUGAGGAUCGGCCUCUUCUACAUGGAUAGCGACCUCAUCACACGCAACUCGGAGAAAGCCAAGAGCCUUAUUGAAGAGGGAGGAGACUGGGACAGGAGGAAUCGCCUGAAGGUUUACCAGGGCCUGUACUGUGUGGCCAUCAGAGACUUCAAACAAGCUGCUGAGCUUUUCCUCGACACGGUCUCCACAUUCACCUCCUAUGAGCUCAUGGACUACAAGACAUUUGUUACUUACACCGUUUACGUCUGCAUGAUCGCCCUCAAAAGGCCUGACCUCCGUGAAAAGGUAAUAAAGGGAGCAGAAAUCUUGGAGGUACUGCACAGUCUGCCUUCUGUCCGCCAGUAUCUUUUUUCGCUCUAUGAGUGCCGUUACUCUGUCUUCUUCCAGUCUUUGGCCAUGGUAGAGCAGGAGAUGAAGAAGGACUGGCUCUUCGCCCCACACUAUCGCUACUAUGUGAGGGAGAUGAGGAUCCAGGCCUACAGCCAGCUGCUAGAGUCCUACCGAUCCCUCACCCUGGGCUACAUGGCCGAGGCCUUUGGUGUCAGCACAGAGUUCAUCGACCAGGAACUGUCCCGUUUCAUAGCUGCUGGCCGUCUCCAUUGUAAAAUUGAUAAAGUGAAUGAGAUUGUGGAAACCAACAGACCUGACAGCAAAAACUGGCAGUACCAGGAAACCAUCAAAAAGGGCGACUUGCUGCUCAACAGAGUCCAGAAGCUGUCGAGAGUUAUUAACAUGUAAACAUGUUAGGCCAUCUUUGCAUUACUCGUCUUGGUUACCCAAACCUGUCGUUUGUUUGACAAAGUGACUCUUAUAUUGUGUAUAUAAUAAAACUUGUUCAACUGUUGACAUUC